GUGACAAUUAUAAAGCUUCCCCCCCCCCCAAGUCCCAUAUUUCCAUUUUUCUUACCUGUUAUUAUGUUCUUAUCACUUUCAUGUAUCAGAUGGAUUCUCGGGGUCCCUUCCAGCUGUCCAGGGCACUGAAACCACAAUUCUCUGUAUCAGGUGGCUUUACUAAGUGCUCUUCAGUGGAUGACUACUGAUGCUUCCCUUGGUGAUGGGAGGAAAGGCUGUGUCUUUGAGCCAUUAUUUAAGCUGAGUUUGAGGAUCCUAACUAAAUCAUUUUUAUAUAACUUUCAAUAAAUUAGAUUGUUCAACUAAACAACUAUUGUUGUUUAUCUAUAAACACACUUUGUAAAUGGAUAAUACAAAAUUUAGAUAAGACAUAAGUCUUCAUGGAGUUUGUGAUACUGUUAGGUGAAUGUGACAAAAGCACACAGGUCUGUAAUUAUAAUGAAAACCAUACAAAAUAAGUGCAUCAGAGAGAUGGGGAAAAGUGCUUUGUGAACUCUGUGAAGAGGAAAAGUCAUAUUGAAGGGUGACAUGAAGAAAGGCUUCUUGGAUGAGGUAAUAUUUGAGGGAGCUUUAGAGACAGGCUAGCAGAGAGUGAGGGAGAAGGGCAGUUUAGACAUGUAUGGGGAAAGUUAUAUAUGGCUAUAUAUGAGAAAAUUGGAGCAAUCUAGAUUGAAAUAUGGAGCAUGUGGGAAAUUAGGUUAAUGUUAUCAAGAUAGGCCUUGAAUGCCAGGCAAAAAAGUUUGAACUUGAUUCAGGAGGCAGCAGGAAAUGAAUGACAUGACCAAAUUAUCUAAUGCAUGUGGCUUGCAGUCAUUUCACCUCUUAGGUCUUAGUUUCCUCAUCUAUAAAAUGAGAAGUUCAGAAUCACUGAACCCUAAAAUUCCUUAUAUCUUUAAAUGCUAUAAUCUCAUGUAAAAGCUAUUCCUGUGUUCAAGGAGAUAAGGCAGUUUGGGAUCAUGGUUAGGUAAUGGACUUAGAACUGGAGUCAAAUCAUCUCAGGCAUCUACUAGGUUUGUAAAUCUGAAUAAAUCAUCUAACUUUUCUGAGCCUUAGUAUCUCUAUCUAUAAAAUGAGAAAGAUUAAAUUUCAUAAUUUUAAAAAUUCUUUUCAGCUUGAAAUCUAUGAUUUUAUGGUGGGCCUAUGAAGUUCAUGUACAGUGCGAAGGAUGCUUUAAGAAGUGGGAUGAUCUAUUAGCUGGCAUAUUGCAGUCCUCCAUUUGGGUUUUAAUGAGUACCUAUCCUAAAGUGGUGGUACUGGGAAUAGAGAAAAGGGGGACAGACAUUUGGACAAUUAUAUUAACUGCGUUUGUUUAGAGAUCCAGAAUGUCAGUUUCUUCUCCCUCUCUAUGCCAUAGCAUGAUGGAGGUCUCUCAGGCUAUUGAUUUAAUUCAAUUCAAAUCCAUGAUAAUUUCAUUUGAUUCAAUAAAUAUUUAUUAGGGGCAUAACAUGGGCCUAGCUAGGUAUGGGGGUUACCAAGUCUCUGCCCCCAAGAAACUUAAGUUCUAUAUGGAGAAACAGAAAAUUAAAUACUAAAUAUAUACAAAGUAAUUUUGGCUGGGAAAAUAAGAUAAAUGGAUAGGAUGGAGUAAGAAAUUGAGUACAUGAGAGAAUAGGAGAGGCUAGUGGAACAAGACAGGCUUCCUGCAAGAGAUGGCACUAAGGCUGAAUUAUAAAUGAAAUAAGGGAUUCUGUGAGGCAGAGGGGAGAAGGGAGGUCUUUGAGGGACAGCUCUAGCAAAGGUACAAAGACUGGAGAUAGAACAGCAUGUAUGGGGCACAGCGAGCCAGAUGGUUUGAAUGGGGCCUAGAGUAUGUGAGUGUAAUGGGCAAGAAUUCUAGCAAAGUUGGAUAGUCAGAUUGUGAAGAGCUUUAAAAGCCCCAAAGAUGUGCUUGUAUAUUAUACUAGAGACAAAAAAGGAGUCAUGGGAACCUUUUGGGAGAGGGAGAGAGAUACGUCCCCUUAUGCUUUAUUAAUUUGGCAGCUCUACAGAUAGGGGAUUAGGAGGAGAAGUUGUCUGAAAGGGAGAUAAUUGUCAGGGAAGCUGAAGGAUAAAGAAGGUCUGAACUAUUUGAGUGGAGACAGGGCAAUAAUGAACAAAAGAGGAAGAAUCAACAAGUGGAUUGCAUAAUUGUGCCUUCAUCUCUAAAACUAUAUUACUCUUGUAGGCAUCUUAUAUGUUCCUAUUUAUCUAUAUGUUGUCUCUUGAGAGUAGGGACUUUUUUCUUUUUCUUUGUAUUUUCAGUACUUAAAAUAAUGCCAGAACCUAGUAAUCAAUAAAAAAAUAAAUGUGUGUUAAUUGGUUGAUUACUAUAAGGGGUUAGGGAAAGAGAAAAAAAUGAAGAUCUCUCCUGGGAUGAUGGUCCCUUAUUAUAAAGAAGAAAGGAAAGUCUUAGAAAAAGAGAAUGGAUUUCAUAUACACAGAAAGAUUCCUGCUCUUUGGAAGUCUUAGAGAUGUUGGAAAUCACUGAUCAGGCUUUUAGAAGAUUUGUGAAGAUGACUGAUCUGGAAAAUUCUUGUGAAACGAUAGUUAAUAUAUUCCACCAGUACUCUGUGAGGACAGAUGAUUUUGACACACUUUCCUUUAAUGAGUUCAAUAGGCUUGUGAAGGAGCAAUUUCCCAACUGGCUUGGGAGAGUAAAUGAUCCAGAAUUUAUCACAAACACCUUCCGAAGUGUGGAUAAAAAUAAAGACAAACAAGUCGACUUUGGGGAGUUCGUGAACUUGUUGAUCCCUCUGAUAAAAGCUACUCAUAUCAUCUUCAUGAGAGACAUCAUAACCACUGAGAGAAUUGAGAAUCUGCCCAUCCAUCCCUCUCUCUCUUCUCUAGAUGAAGCCUCUCUUCAAACCAACCAAAAUUUGAAUGCAUGAUGAGGUCUGAUAAUAAAAAAGGUUCUUGAAAAUUC